GGAAAAUUGUAUAGGAGACAAGCUGGAGUCUCGUGUGGCGAUAGCGAUAACACCGGGACGAAUGGUCUGGGAAGCUUUGGAAGGCAAGAUUCUGUGACACUCCAUUACAGGACUUGUAUAAAGUCCAUCUAGGUUCAUCUAUUGGUCGGCAUCUUUUGCAUCGCAGUGGCAAGACCACUGAGGAUCAGGUGCUGAACUCAGAAUCAUGGGAAAGUAUGUCCGAAACAAAUAACAGCGAAUCAAGUAACUCAAAUCUCCACAGUAUGAUCAUACCAUCAAGCUCUGAAAGUUCUUGCUCACCGUCAAUUUUAAAUCAAGUUAACAAACAAGUAGCUUCACCUCAGUUUACUAAGCUGGUUGAUCCACUUACAGCAAGCAGGAAACAAGUACGGGAUGAUGUACCAAAUACAACAGCUAGCAUCGACACAUUGAGCAGGAAGCAAGUACGUGAUCAUGAUGUACCAAAUACGACAGCUAGCAUCUGCACAUUGAAUGUUCAUCAUCCAAGAGUUAAUCCUGAUUGCGUAGCUUCAUUUUCCCAGAUUCCUGUUUCUAAAACAGUUUUAUCUACUGUAACUACAGUAACAGAAUUACUUGAAAGUGUUCAUAAAAUAAUUUUACAUAUACCAAAAGAUCAAACUGAUUGCUACAGAGUUGGGCAGAUAAUUAUACUUGUGUUGCAGAUUUUAAACUUAGAAUGUAAAACAAUUGGUACUGAUAGUUCAAAUCACAGCUAUUUCCCAUGGAUAUUAUUGAAAGAGUAUCACCAAGGAGUUCAACUUCUCCAGAAAAACUUAGACCAAACUAACGCUGCAGAAUUUAUGCAGGAACUGUCUUUGAAUAUCACGAGUUCUUGGCUUGGAAAAGAAUUUCAUAAAAUGUCAAACUCCAUCAGUGAUAAAGUAGACAAGUUCAAAUCUGAGCACAUUACAAGUAUUGACAAUCUGCCGCCAUCAGAGCAAGUCAUUGACGCACUCUUCCCGAGAUGCAUGAAGAUUUUGUUUUCAUCAUGGAUUGGAAUCAAAGAAAAUGAAAGGCAGCAACAGACUGAACACCAGGAGUCGUCAGCAUCUGAUGAUAGUCAAGCUGGAACAGACUCACUUAAGGUGCCUCAACAUCAGCCACCAAAACAAAAAUUCAGUCGAUACCCCUUAGUACAGUUGAUUUUAGAAUUUGCCAAUCAGACUCUAAUUUCAGGAGUAGCACAUGUGCUAUACUCCAGGCUUAUUCAUCAGUAAUAUGGCUUUACAGAUGGAUCCUACCAAAAUACUUAUAUAUGUGAUAGAUAU